AUGCCUCGAGAUCCGUUGAUUGGAUUGGUUGGAAAGCCAUCGAGUGGAAAGUCCACAACAUUGAACAGCUUGACAGAUGCGACUUCCAAAGUCGGUAAGAAACUUCCCGUAUGUGUGUUGCGAUCGCGCCGAAGCGCCCCCGCCUUAUCGAAGACCGCGCAGACCGUAUUGACCCCAAAUAGCUUCACAACCAUUGACCCCCAACGAGCCAUUGGAUAUCUUCAAAUCGACUGCCCAUGUCAACGAUACAAUGUUUCAGAUCGAUGCCUGCCCAACUACGGUGGGUGUCAUGAAGGACGGCGCUCCGUGCCCAUUGAGCUGCUAGAUGUCGCCGGUCUCGUGCCUGGUGCGCAUCAGGGCCGUGGUCUGGGUAACAAAUUCUUGGAUGAUCUGCGUCAAGCUGAUGCUCUGAUUCACGUUGUGGACGUGAGUGGAACUACGGAUGCCGAAGAGGCAAACCCCAUCGACACCCUGCAAAAACAAUUCGCUGGUUACGGAAGUACCCAGCAAACGGUUGCUCGCUUCAUGGAUAAGCUCGCCAUCAAGCAACCAUUGGAAGAAUGGUCGGACGAGACGGUCGAAGCGGUUGUGAACGCGUUUAUCGACGAGAAAUUCCCAACCGUGUUCGCUUUGAACAAGAUCGAUCACCCCGAUGCUGACAAGAACGUCAGCAAAAUCGCCAAGAUGCAAGACCCACAAAGCAUUGUACUGUGCUCUGCGAUCUCUGAAGUUUUCCUGCGACGACUAGCAAAACAGGAAUAUAUCAAAUAUGUCGAAGGCAGUGAGUUCGUCGAUUCGCGAGAAGACUUGAUUGAAAUGGGUGACCCCACUGGAGGAGGUCUGAAGGAGAUGGACGAAAAACUGAAAACUCGGGUUGAGAACCUGAAAGAUAUGGUUCUCUACCGAUUCGGAUCUACCGGAGUUGUACAGUGUCUUUCUCGCGCAGCAGAGCUCUUGGGCCUUGUGCCAAUCUUCCCAGUCCGUAACGUCCAGACUUUUAACUCUGGAAAUGGAACUGCCGCGUUCCGUGACUGUGUUCUCGUGAAGAAAAACAGCACAGUCGGCGAUGUUGCCCGCAAGGUGAUGGGUGAUGUGCCUAUCAACUAUAUUGAAGGCGUUGGCGGAACACGUGUUGCAGAGGAGGAUAUUGUGGCAGUUGGGAAACACGAUAUCCUCUCAUUCAAAGUUGGUCGGUAG